AUGAUGAACGACGACAGCUCCAAGAGGAAACAACGUCGCCUGAAGGCGAAUGGCCGGGAGCGGCAACGUAUGCAUGGCCUUAACGAUGCCCUGGAUGUGCUCAGACAGUACAUCCCGAUCACAGCACAACAUCAGAAGCUGAGCAAAAUUGAAACCCUCCGACUUGCCAGGAAUUACAUCCUUGCGCUGCAGCGAAUUCUCCAGACCGGACAACCACCGUCUCCACUUGAAUACGCACACCAGCUAUCCAUUGGACUCAGUCAAACUACAACCAACAUGCUGGCAACACUUCUUCAGGUAUACAAACACUAA